AUGACACACCUGGUUCCCGUGACGAAUGAAGCAACUUCUCGUGUCCUAGUGGGUCUUGGGGACUCGCCGUUGUACCGUCAGGCCCACCCGCGAGUUCAAGGGCCCUUGUCUCGGCCACUAAUGCGGGCGCGGGAUGGCGUUGAGCUGAGGCCAUUUGUUGGUAUCGAAAGGUCAGAGCUUCAUCUCCAGGAGUUCCAGUCCGGAUAG